UCUGCCUCCCCGGCACUGAUGCCUUUUCCUCAGCUCAAGGUUGCACUUGCAGUAAUCGCAGUAGGACGCGACUGGAGCUCCGCUUACGCACGAACAGGGCAGCAUACUAAUCAGCCGAGACUCAGCCGUAACUUCUCCUGUUUGUGUUUGCACUCCACAGAGGAAUCUCCCACCUCGCAGAAGCAGCCAUGGAGGAAAUGGAGGAAGAGUUGAAAUGCCCUGUUUGCGGCUCUUUUUAUCGGGAGCCCAUCAUACUGCCGUGCUCCCACAACAUUUGCUUGGCUUGUGCUCGGAAUAUCCUUGUGCAGACCCCCGACGCCGAGUCCCCACAGAGCAGCCGAGCCUCUGGAUCCGGGGUCUCCGACUAUGAUUAUCUGGAUUUGGAUAAAAUGAGUUUGUACAGUGAGGCGGACAGUGGGUACGGUUCCUAUGGGGGCUUCGUCAGCGCUCCGACCACCCCUUGCCAAAAAUCACCGAACGGGGUGCGAGUUUUCCCCCCGACUGUCCCCCAGCCUCAACCACAGCAGCACCUGCUGCCGCAGCCCGGCUCUUUGCCCCCGAUCCCCCGCAAUUCCUGCAUUACUUGCCCUCAGUGUCACCGCAGCCUCAUCCUGGACGACCGGGGGCUCCGCGGAUUCCCCAAGAACCGGGUGCUGGAGGGUGUUGUGGACAGGUAUCAGCAGAGCAAAGCGGCCGCUCUCAAGUGUCAGCUGUGCGAAAAGAGUCCGAAGGAGGCCACCGUGAUGUGCGAGCAGUGCGACGUCUUCUACUGUGACCCGUGUCGCCUGCGGUGCCAUCCCCCCCGCGGGCCCCUCGCCAAGCAUCGCCUGGUGCCGCCAGCGCAGGGGCGGAUAAGUCGCCGCGCGAGUCCCCGCAAAAUCUCCACUUGCACAGAGCACGAACUGGAGAACCUGAGCAUGUACUGUGUGCAGUGUAAGACGCCUGUGUGCUAUCAGUGUUUGGAAGAAGGAAAACACGGCACGCAUGAAGUCAAAGCUUUGGGCGCAAUGUGGAAACUGCACAAGGGUCAGCUGUCUCAGGCUCUCAACGGCCUGUCAGACCGAGCCACCGAGGCCAAGGAGUUCCUGGUCCAGCUGAGGAACAUGGUGCAGCACAUCCAGGAGAACGGAGUGGAGUUUGAGGCCUGUCUGGUGGCGCAGUGCGACGCCCUCAUCGACGCCUUGAAUCGACGCAAGGCCCAGCUGUUGGCUCGAGUGAACAAAGAGCACGAACACAAACUGAAGGUGGUUCGGGAUCAGAUCUCCCACUGCACGGUGAAGCUACGUCAGACCACGGGGUUGAUGGAGUACUGUCUGGAGGUCAUCAAGGAGAAUGACCCCAGUGGUUUCCUGCAGAUCUCCGACGCUUUGAUCCGGAGGGUCCACAUGACCGAGGGCCAGUGGGGGAAGGGAACACUCACCCCCAGGAUGACCAGCGACUUUGACCUCACUCUGGACAGCGGACCCCUCCUGCAGACGAUCCACCAGCUGGACUUUGUUCAGAUGAAAGUCCCAGCUGCUCCUAUGCUCCAGCUGGAGGAAUGCUGCACUCAGAACAACAGCGCCACGUUGUCAUGGAAACAGCCACCGCUCUCCACCAUCGCCGUGGACGGAUACAUCCUGGAGCUGGACGAUGGAAACGGGGGGCCGUUCAGGGAAGUGUAUGUGGGGACAGAGACCAUCUGCACGGUGGACGGGCUCCACUUCAACAGCACGUACAAAUCCAGAGUGAAGGCCUUCAAUGCCAGUGGAGUGGGCCAGUACAGCAAGACACUGAUCAUGCAGACCUCUGAGACGGGACUCCCUCCAUGCGAUAUUCAGUCUAUAGGCACAGUUGCUUGGUUCACCUUUGACCCAGCCUCCGCCCACCCGGACAUCAUCCUAUCCAAUGACAACCUAACGGUGACGUGCAACAGCUAUGACGACAGGGUGGUCUUGGGUAACUCUGCGUUCUCCCGUGGCGUUCAUUACUGGGAAAUGACCAUUGACCGCUAUGACAACCACCCGGACCCAGCCUUCGGGAUCGCUCGGAGUGACGUCCUGAAAGAUGUGAUGCUGGGGAAGGACGAUAAGGCCUGGGCCAUGUAUGUGGACAACAACCGCUCCUGGUUCAUGCACAACAACUCACACACCAACAGGACGGACGGUGGCAUCAAUAAAGGAUCGACAAUAGGAGUCCUCUUGGACUUCUCACGCGGGAUCGUUAUCUUCCUCAUCAAUGACGAGCAGCAGGGUCCAGUGGCUUUUGAAGGCUUAGAGGGCGUCUAUUACCCCGCUAUCAGCAUCAACCGAAACGUCCAGGUUACUCUACAUACUGGACUUCCCAUCCCGGACUUCUACACUCCCGGCGAAGCAGAUCCUACUGGUUCUGUGUGCUAAAGACUCAGCACUACCCACAGCAGCUGUGGAAAAUCUCUCCAGGAUUUCCCAGCGUUCAUCCUGCCAAUCAAUAACUAUGAGCUCCUAUCCUCACCCUCCCCACCUCCUCAUGUCCCCCUGACCGACUGACCCCAUGACUCUCUGUCAGGGGCCCCCAUCCAGCGUUGAGUCAUGCGUUUUUCAUGCUUAGAACUUGGACACGUGGACCAUGUGCAGGACAGUGUCAAACCUUUUAGUUUAGCAUACAGGUGGUUGAGGAAGAUAAAAAAUAAUUGUCAUCUCAAGCUGAUGGAUUUGGAAUUGUGUGCACUGACCCUAAUAUGUGCUUUAAGGGAAAGUUUGAAAUUUUGGAAAAUACACUAAUUUGCUUUCUUGCCAGGUGAAGACUGAAACCUCCCUCAUGUCCAUUUGCUAAAUAUGAAGCUACUGUGAGUCAGUUAGCUUAGCUUAGCUUAGCACAAAGAUGAGGUUCACUUAUUAAACCAUUAUAUCUUGUUUGUUUAAUUUGUACAAAAACAGAAAUGUAAAAUCAAGAUAUUGUGUUUUUUAUGAUGAGCACAAAAACUAGUCUAGCACAUAACUGUAUACAGAAGAUAAAACAUGUUAAUUAAUGAUAUUUAGAGGUGCUGGCAGGUGGAUUUUCAGGUCACUUCAAAAUCAAAAAUACAUAUAAUUCCUUCUACUUGUAGUGGUAUUUAUCCAUCUAGAUUGUUUUGGUAUGAGUUGCCAAGUUUUGGGAACCAUUUUCUUCCCGCAUCGCCGUGUAUUCACGGACGAGAGGCUCGCUAACUAACCUAUUGCUAUUGUUACAGCUCAGCUGAGGAGGAGGCCAAUAAUGUUUACAUCCCACCCUGUCAUGAGAACGAGCCUCUUGUCCGUGAGUAGGUUCUUCCUGCGCAGUAUUACAGUGUAGUUCGGUAGAAAGAAAAUCCCAAUGUUCUUCUAUUUUUAAAAAAAAAAAGAACAAACAAACAACAAUUUAGAUGUAUAAAUAACACAACAGGGAAGAGGAAAAAUAUGUUUGUUUGUUUGUUUUUUUUUAAUUUUGGGGCUAACUAUUCCUUUAAUAUUUAUUACAAAGCGUUGAAGGUGGUAUCGGUCCUCUCAUCUAACUCUAGGCAUCAAAGCAAAUAAGCAUAUUUCCUUAAGGAGGUUGUUUUGUAAAUGAAUUGACUCAGAAAAAGUAGCCCCAUCAUACCAUGAACAUACAGUUCAGAAUAUCCUUCGUUAUUAUUCUUUUUUCUUAGAUUUAUUUCUUUUCCUGCUGUCAGUCGUGAUCAUCACACGUUUGAAACAGCAGGGGGAGCAUGAGAGGAGGUCUUUUGUGUGUGCUUUGCAUGGUGGCUGGUUGGGUUGAGGCCGGUCAGCAGCUGCCAAGACCCCCAAGUACGAGAGCAAUAGUCCGACUCUCAGCCGCGCCGCUGUCGUAUCCUCGUCCUUGUACAUGAGACGCUUUUCUUAGUGGCUUAGCUCAUGUGAACCUUCUGUACUUUCUGUUAAAACAAAAAAAAUAAUGCAGCAAUGGCGCACUAAAUGCUACUGGAAGCGAGGCCUUCAUGCACCCUUUUCUCUCGAAACAGGAGGGACAGAUUUUAGUUUGACGUAUCACAAAAGGAAGCAAGCAAUUCUGUGCAUUGAUAAGUGUUGAAAAUGGGUUAAAGAUGGCGACUGUGGAGCCGCUUGAAAUAAGGUGCUACAGCAGCUCGCUUCAUUCUAGCUUUUUUACUGUAGGUGACUGAAUCCGGUAGUUUUGUAAUAUUGUUAUUGAAACAAUCUAUUGCAAAGAGGUGUAUAGUUAAAAUAAGUUAUUGAUGUUCAGAGUUUUUCAAUGAGAGUUCAUCAUUGUUCCUUUAUUUGAUGUAUAGUUAUUACAGAAGAAAAGAUACUGAAUCUUUUUGUCACUUUAAAGAUGAAGUUUGAAGUUUGUUCCUGAACUGAAGAGGCUUUGCAGUAAUUGUGAGUUUAUGUCCCAAUAAAGCAACAGGAAAGGUGAUGAUGCCCUCGGACGUUUUUGGCGGCGUCGCACUUGGGCAACAGCCUCCUCAACAGGAAGCAACGUAAGAUAGUUUUUUUGAGGAAAAGACUAAGCUAUGCUAGCACUUCUGUGAUGCUGGCAAGAUAACAUCCUCAACAUUGCUGACAUUUAGCAGAAAUAAUCUGUCAUGUUUAAUGUCAUAGUUUAGCAUCUUAACAACUGCUAGUUAGCACCAAACACAAAGUACAGCUGAGGCUGACGGGAAAGUCUAGUUUUGCUGGUAUUUGGUUAUAAACCAAAGUAUCUGAGAAAUUGAAUAAAAAAAAUGUUUUCUGCAUUCAGUUUGAGGAAACUGCUGCCCUUAAAACUGUCCAAAAAAUGUUCCCAGUGCAUCAAAACACGCAUACAGUACACGUCUAGCAUUUACAUGAGGUGCUAUCCUGUGUUUUAGCUUCAUGGGUGUGCCUUUUCCCCUCUUCCCAAAAGAUUCAUGAAACUUUGCUACAGACCAGAUUUGUUGCUUCAGCUGAGUCAACUGUAACAUCUGUGAUGCCUGACUUCACCUGCUGCUACUAUUUUUUCUAUCAGUGAAAAGGGCAAACUCAACAAUAGUCAUGUUUGUUAUAGUUAUAAUAACCACAGAACUGAAGGGAAUAUUAGAGUCAGGUAUUUUAAGGCGUCUUUCUUAACUUUCUAAAUCCUUUUCUACCCCUACCCCCUUUCUACCGGGCGUAAUGCUGGUUAGAAAGCAUUUCCAACUGAUGGCUGCUCACAUGGAUGCUAGCAUGACUGCACAUAGUAUACCCUUCAGUAAUCUUCGGUAUGAUAUGUGCAUGUGUGCUGACAAUGGUGAACUAAACUACUGCAAGUUGCACAGGCUUCUCUGCAAGGCUGGAUUGAAGCUUUGAUUUAUGCAACAUUUAAUUGGUGGUUUUUCAAGGUAAGCCUUUUGUCCUGCUGUAAUUAUAAUACUAGAGUACAAAAGCAACCCAUUCAGCAGUGGGUCACUGCGGAGCAAGAGCUUCCUUUGACUCAUGCAGAGACAAGAGCAGCCAUUAUCACAGCAUUACACAACCUCAGAUUCUGGAACGAAUAAACAAAACAACUUUAAUUCAGCUAAAGAGUUCAUUAAAGGGAUAUUCCUUACGUCCAGUCGGAGAUGAUGCACACGUCUGUUACUUUUCAACAGAAAUAAUGUUCUCAUGGAGCCUUUUCUGUAUAAAUCUGUGAGGUUGUAUGAACUUCUUUGAUUGGAAAAUAACAUAUAUGUGUGUUUCUGUGCUGAAGGUGCUGACAUUAAAAGGUGUGUGAUUGUAACAUUUAUUAUUUCUAAACCAGCCAAAUACACUUAAGUGAUAUUUAAAUUAGACCUGAGGAUGAUUUAAAGCCUAACAUACAACAAGCUUUUAUGAAUUAUUAGAAAACUACACACAGUCGCUGUGCGACACUGGGUGUUAAAUCUCCAAAUGUACAUACAUAUGUGAGUGUGUGUGUGUGUGUGUGUGUGUGUGUGCGCGCGGGUGUUACCUGCAUUAUAACCUCAUUUUAACUCCAAAGUGGUUCUUUUUGCCCUGUUUGAUCCGAGGUGGAAUGUCAUCAGUUGAUAUUAUUAUUUAGAGUGAUGCUGAGAUAUGUCUAUAAAGAAUUUUAAGUGAACAGUUAUGACUAUGAUUUUAACACAUUAUGAUUAUUAUGAUUGCUAUUAUUAUAUGUCUAUCAUUAACACAUUACUGCUAUUAUUAUGAUGAUCUGAAGUGUAAUAUGAGCCUCUGUGUUUUUGUAUGUGUGACUAUUCAAUAAAUAGGUGUCAACAAGG